CCCCCGUCGCGCCCCGCCAUGGACCUGGUGUGGCUGCUGCUGCGCGGCCUGCGCCUCGCCGCGGACCUGCUGGGCUUCCUGCUGGACGUGAACUUCCUGCUCAUGUCCUCGCUCGUGUCCGCGCUGCUCUGGCUGCUCGCGCUGCCCUGCAGCCUGCCCGGCGCCGCCUCGGCCGGCGCGCUCGCCUGCUGGAACGCGCUGCUGCUGGGCCUGGCGGCGCUGGCCGAGGCGGCGGGCGGCCUGGCGCUGGGCGCCCUGCACGGCCUCGCGGCGCUGCUGUGGGGCUGCCGCUGCAGCCUGGAGGGCCUCAAGGUGCUGGGGCACCUCCUGUGCCACCUGGCGCUGCGGGGCAAGGAGCUGCUGCAGCGCGGGCUCUGCAACGUGCUCGCCUCCGGGCAGAGCCUGCAGAGGCAGCUGUGCGAGGCGCUGGCCAUCUGCAUGAGCCUGCUGGCCUACCUGGUCAACAGCGUCAUCAACAUGUGCCUCCUCGGCAUGCAGACCCUCUUCACGCUGCUGGGGGCCCUGUGGGAUUCGGUCGUCAGCCCCUUCCUGAGAGUCACCGACCUGCUGGCCGCUUUCCUCGCGCACAUCUCCAGCAGCGCCAUCGCCGUGUCCAUCUUGCUGUGGUCGCCCUGCCAGCUGGCCGUCGAGAUCCUGGCCUCCGUCACCAAGCUCUUGAUCAGCGUCUUCUUUGUGAAUAUCUAUGGCUUGCUCUUGCUGCUCCUCAUUAUUGUGGUCAGCACUGUUGUGUUCAACCCCGGGCUGCUGUGGACACUGGCAGGCCACGCGCUUGGGUACCUGAACACGCUGCCUCCCUACCACCGCCUGCAGAGGGACGCGUGGCGGCUCUACCAGGUGGCGGUCCUCACGCUGGGCAUGCUCAUGACCUCGCAGGCCUGGCGCAGGCUGGUGGACUGGAGUCUCCAGGUGUCCAACUGGAGCAGAGGAGGCAGAACGAUGAGCCGGGAGAGCAGCCCGCGAGGGGCGACCGUGCCUGCCGCGAGACCGGCAGCUCCUGCCAGGGCCGUGCUGGUGGCGGCGGAGCAGGGGCACCAGCUGGACGCGGAGCAGGGGCCAUAUGCACGUCCAGCCCUGAAUCGAGGUGCUGCUACAGGGCAGCGUCUCCAUACAGCCAGGGAAGAACCAAGCACCUCCUGGGCAAAAGCUCCGAGGAGAGAGCAGCUGAAUGCAGCAGCUGGGGAUGGUGAGGCUGCUCCGGACAAUGACCCCUGGGUGCUCCUGAAGGAGCAAGAAGAACGUAAGAAAUGUGUCAUCUGUCAAGAUCAAACCAAGACAGUCCUGCUCCUGCCCUGCAGGCACCUGUGCCUGUGCCAGGAGUGCACGGAAGUCUUGCUCCAGCAGGCCAUCUACCAGCGCAACUGCCCUCUGUGUCGCCAGAUGAUCCUGCAGACACUCAAUGUGUACUUGUGAACCCAGGAGCAGGUGGCUUGAGUGUUUUUUCCACAAGGUCGAGGACCAUCUCUGUUGCUUCCUCUUGUCUGGAAGCAGUUUCGCCCUUCCCAGUACUGCCUCGAGUUUUCCAAAGAGCUAAGGAUGGUGCAGAGAAGGGAAGAGGCUGCUGGAGUAUCUGUUAACCACACUUGUAAUGUAACUAGCCUGUAACUGUCGCUAACAAGCACAAUGGCUGAUCUCUGCAGCAGGCCAAAAGAGCUACCUUUUUACGCUGACUUUUGCUGUUCCAUGGCUUGUUGCCUUGAGCUUACAGCAAGUCGAUAUCCAAAGCUGAUACCAUAUCAGAAAGAUGCGGUGGUUCCUCCUAGCCAAAGCUAAUGGAAAGAUUAGAAGCUGUGCCCUUCUGGGAAUCAGAAGGCAAAGGAAGGUUUGCUAUCAGGGUUGGGCUGGGAGCUCCCUGAAAACUGCUUGGCAGGCUCCAUUCCUACUGCCCUUCCCAUUAAACCAACUCUCAGGGAAGGGAGAAGUGUGGCCCUUUUGGGAGACCCUUAGGGAAGCCAUAAGUCCACCCUAGUUUGUAGGCUUCACUACCAAAGCUGUGAGCUGGGCUCCCAACUGGAGAAUAACAGAAUUUCCGGGGCCACAGCUGUUCUUCACUGGUCUGGCCGCUAUGGCUUUGAGUUCGAUCUUUCCCGUGCUGGGAGAGUGAGGAGCUGCAGAGAAUGCAGUCUCCCCGCAGGCUGCCUGACUGCAGAGCUCAGUGCGUCACCUCUGCUAGAACAGCAAGCA